CUCCUCCUCCUCCUCAGCUCAGUCACCUACAAGCAUCUGCAGGUACUGGUCCUGGAGCAGGGCGAGUCCUGGUCCGCGAUCUGAACCAGGGAAAAUAAUGUGGCUCAUUGUGUUGGCCGGUCUGCUUCACUGCGCCUCCACCUACGAUGUGGAUCUGAAGAAACUGGACGGGCUGGCAAAAGCGAGGGUGGAGACCUGUGGCGGAUGACAGCUGAACAGGCUCAGAGAGGUCAAAGCCUUUGUGAUCCAGGAUAUUCCUCUUUACCAUAACCUGGUGAUGAAGCACAUUCCUGGGGCUGACCCUGAGCUUGUCCUCCUGAACCACUACUUUGAGGAGCUGGAUCGGAUUGCUCUGUCUGACAUGACUCGCUCUGAGAUUAAUGAGCUGCUGGGGAAACUGGGUUUCUACAAGAAGGCUCAGCCUGAGGACGAGGUGCCAGAGGAGUUUCGCUUCUCUCCUGCCAAAGACAGCCCGUUUAAAGAUGAGCCGGCUUACAAACCCUCUACUUCUUCUCUUGCCACAGAGAACACCUCCUCCGAGCCCAACGCAGAAGUCAAGCACACUGACCUAUAACCCAUCAGAGUGGAGAAACGUAGGAAUAUAACAGUACCACUCUUCCCCAUAGCUGCUCCAUGACCAGCUGGUUAAUGCAGCUCAUAACAGAAAUGUUUGUCACUUCAGAAUAAGGCCAGCAGAUCAUGGAUCAGCCCUUGGGGAAGGACACAAUCUUAGCAUCAGCAAAAGGCCUUUUAAAAGUCCACAGUCUGAAUUUGCACAUAUUGUUAUUGCUGUCUGUUCUUUUCUUUUUUUUUUUUUUAGCAUUGAUAACCCAACAGAGUGCUUUUACUCUCCACACAAAGACUGGAAGUGUGUUUGUUAUAUUUUGUUGUUUGGCCCAUUAUGUGUCAGUUGUCUUCAGGAUCUUCACCUCUCCCGAGUUCUCUUGUGUGUCCAACUGCGUCCUACCCACUUUGAAAAUUAAUGAAGCCACAGGCCGAAAAUCGUCCGACUGGCCUGAGGCUGAUGCUACAUGCUCUGGUGGGCUAGACUGAUGCACACAAGGGGGUUCAAGCAAAAGGGUGGUAAAAGA